AUGGAAAAAAUACUAGAUGAAAUAGAAUCUAUUCAGGAAACCUUCAAAUAUAGGAAGACUGAGGUGAUCAUUGAUGAUAAGAAGACAAUCGAUAAGAAAAUCCUGAACACCAUAAAAUUAAAAUCCAAAUCAACCUUAAAUCCUAUCAGAAAAAUAAAAUUUAUAUCAGAAUCAAACCCUAUCAGAAAAAUAAAAAUUUAG